AUGGUUAGCCCACAGGUUCUCGUGUUCGAUGCUAAGGGCCGCCCUGUGAAGUUUGACACCUGGCUCGAUGACCUGCACCUCUACCUACAGCUCACAGCCAAGGAUGACAUCUCACUGUACGAUCACGCCCUAGGCCAUGUCACUGCCCCUGCUGCUACUACUGACAACACUGCUCGCUCACAGUGGCAGACUCGUGAUGCCCACGCUCGCUUCGCUAUUCGCAACUCCCUGCCGAUAGACGAACGCGAGCGCUUUGGCCAGCACAAGACUGCACAGGCACUGUACACAGCUGUCGUUGCUCGCUACUCCUCACCUGCCUCUGCCGCACUAGGCCGUCUCUCCCUCCCCUACCUGUUUCCCGACCUGGCCUCCUUUCACACAGUCGCUGACCUCAUCACGCACCUCCGUACUAGUGAGGCCCGCUUCCGUGCCGCCAUGCCUGCUGAGUUCCUUGCCACGCACCCCCCUCCACUCUGGCUCACUCUCUACCACCUAGUCACCCGCCUCCCUGACACACUGCGUGCUGUCAGGGACCACUUCCUAGCUCGUUGCCCCACUGAGCUCACCAUUGCCCUCCUCGAGAAGGAGCUACUUGCAGUUGAGACUAGCAUAGUCGCUGUAGGUGCCUCUCGUGGCGACCCCCGUACCCCGUUCUUUGAGGGGUGUUCUCCUUUCCCCCUUCUUCCCUCUGACGCCUCUGCUGCUGCUGUCGACCUUCUUGGUGCUGAGAAGGUCGGCGCUGCGUCUGCCUCGAGCGGGCGCCGCAGCGGCAAGGGCAAAGUGGGCAAGGGUGGUGGCGGUGACGGCGGGGGAGGUGGCGGUGGGGGCGGUGGAGGCAAAGGGGGUGGUGGCUCGGCUGGACGGGCGAGUGGUAGCGGUAGGGGUGGUGGCGGCAGCGGCAGGGGAGGUGGCAGGAGUGGAGGCGGCGGUUGGGGUGGCGGUGGACGAGGCGGCGGCAGGGGUUGGGGUGGUCGAGGAGGUGGCAGCGGUGGUGGUGGCCGUGGAGGCGCUGGCGGUGGCCAGGGUCAGCAGCACACUCCUUCGCCCCAGGAGCAGUGUGGACGACCGCACGCCACACAGCGCUGCUUCUCUCGUCUCGACGACGCUUGGCGUGUUCAGUUCCCUCAGGCCACUGAGCUGCCCUGCUGGCUUGAUCUCCUGAAGAAGGGGAUUGAUAUCUAUGCUCUAGACUUUGAUGCUAUUCUAUCCGCCAUGUAUGUGAUGUCUACUAGUGGAGAGGGUGCUGAGUACUUGAGUGUGCCGCCCGACUCGGGCAUUAGGGCCAGUGCGUCUGCCGCUCCAGGUACUCGAGUGUCGGCUACCCUAGGUGCUGGUGAGGCUGCUGCUCUAGGUGCUCGUGUGUCUGCCCCCCUUGGUACUGAGUCGACUGCAGCACUGCACACCUUCACAAUGGACUCAGGUGCUUCUCGCAGCAUCUUUCGUGACCGCACUGCCCUUAAGCCGCUUGCUCGGCCAGUUGCUGUCUCCCUUGCUGACCCCUCUGGGGGUCCGGUCAUUGCGACCUCUUCCAGUGUCCUUCCCUGUCCUGCGGUCCCGUCGGGCACACUGUCAGGUCUCCACCCCCCCUCGUUCUCUACGAACUUGGUGGCAGGAUGUGCGCUCCAGGACGGGGGUGUUCACCAGUUCACCCCUGCCUACGAGCGUGUGACACACUGCACGUGUGCUCGUACGGGCCGUCACUUGGCUACCUUCACUCGGCAGCCGGGGUCGGACCUGUACACACUGACUACUGAGUCCCCUCAGGUUGCUGCGUCUUCGUCCGCGUCAGGGUCCUUCCUGCCCUCCCCUCGGCAGCGCGCCGCUCCUCACUCCUCCUCGUUCCCCCCGACGUCUGCUCCCUUGCAGACGCUCAACAUGGACGUGUGGGGCCCAGCCCGCGUCCAUGGUCAGGGUCAUGAGAGAGCCCGUCUCCAGCUCAGCAAGCGUUUUCACUCGGACUUUCCUGUCCUACGCCUACACUCUGACAGAGGUGGUGAGUUCUCCUCUGACCUCUUGGCAGCCUACUGUGCUGAGCACGGCAUUGAGCAGUCGUUCACUCUUGCGGCUUCUCCACAGCAGAAUGGGGUUGCGGAGCGCCGCAUUGGCCUGGUCAUGGAGGUCGCCCGUACCUCCUUGAUCCAUGCGGCUUCCCCCCACUUUCUGUGGCCGUUUGCGGUCCGGUAA